CUCCAACAUUUGACACUCAGAACCAUGUAAUGUCGACCGAAGCGGAGGCCAGCAUGAGUCGAAAGGCCCCAUUCUCAUCGUCGAGGAAUGUUCGAGUGUCCGACUUGAAACUCGACUCGGUCUUACCCCGUUCGAUGCACCUCACUGGUACGCUGAUGCAAGGGAAGUCAUACGUUGAAAAGGAUCCCAUAUCUGGCCAGACUAUCCAAGGAGUGGUCAAGAUUCAGCUCAGAUGCGAGCUCGAGGGCAAUGCGAGCAUCGCAAAUAACUACGUAUCCAAUGACGACCAAUUGGUGACACCGGCUUUUGUCAACAUUACUAUCUCGCCAAAUGAUAUACCGCCGGGAUAUGAAGAUUUGACGUCUAUGAUACACAAGGAAUGGCAGGAUUCAUACAACCAUUUGAUCCAUUUUGCCGGUCGUACCAUCAGUAUUAGAGUCGAUGGUAUGAGGGUCACUGGCGUAGUGUUCCCGAAGUGCGGCAUGGUAUCUCUCGAAGGACAUGGAGAGCAGAUAUUCCAGCACAAGGAUAGAUCCGCCAAGGUCCUGCUCAGAGAUCCUGUCAUUCAUACGUCUACUCCUCAAUGGCUCGCUUCACCCAGCUCAGACUACAUCCCUUCACCAGAACAGCCCGUUGCCUCUGAGAUAACUGUCAAAUCUGCUAUACCAUUCCCCACGGCCGAUGGACUCCGACCUCUUUCCUCGCAUCAAAUUCCAAAGAUCACCAUGAUUCCUGUCCCCGUUAGCUCGACGCCAAGUCUCAGUCCCCUCAAGCGAAGCGAUUCAUCCCGUUCUAUCCACUCAAAGCGCUCUAAGAGCGGCACGCCGCCGGAAGACCGAACGACCGAGCCUUCGUCAACGAAACGGCUAAAGGUGGAGCCGAGCGAGUCUGUCUUCAAGCAGUCUACAGGGUCAUCACCCUUCAAGUUACCUCCCAGCCCUCCAGUCAAAGCUGAAGUCACCUCAUCUCCUCUGAAGCCCGAUCCGUCGCCACAUGCAUCGGUGAGGUCCUUCAAAUCGGCCGCAAGCGUUGGAUCCGAGCCACCGCUCCCCCGCCCCAUGCUGCAACAUCCCCUCGAUGGACAAGACUCCGCGACGAGGCAGUCAAUUCCUGAUACACCUACCAGGACACCGGAGUCUGGCCCAUCAGAGCGGCAGUUGGUGUCCAGUCCACCUCCGGAUAGGCCUCGGGAUAUUUCUGAGGCUGCUGAAAGCUCGUCUGCCGCCAGACGCAAAGCUGCCGAAAAGAGGGCCAGGAAGCUCGGGGAGCAAAGGGUGAAAGAGAAAGAGGCAGCAGUCGCCCUCGUCGAGGCGCAAAUUGAGAAGCUGAAACUGCCGUUCACAGCAGCAGUGCACACGUACACACCGAUCUGCAUGCUUCAGCCGCACGUCAAAGCUAAUACCAUCGGCGUGGUUGUCGAAACAACUCAACCUCGACAGACGUCCAGAGAUUACAUCAUGAACAUCGUCAUUGCCGAUCCUUCGACGCAUAUCCAAGGCAGGUCAAGUGAGGACUUUGUCGUCAGUGUGUUUCGAUCGAGGAUUGAGGACCUACCUGCGUCGAUAUCGCCCGGCACACCGAUAUUGUUCCGAGGUCUAUCCAUCAGCAUGUAUAAGCAAAAGCCCAAAGGUCAAGCAUUCGGUAACGAGACCAACACAUGGGCGUACUUGCCAGGCGGUAAGAAGCUCAAAACAGCAAAUGUGGAGGAUAUGGUUCCAGCUCUUGAACCGAUAGAGUUGAAACGCAUGGAAGCACUAUUUCAUUGGUGGCAAGCGACCUUUGGCUCGCCUUUAGAUGAAGUGUCUGGCCGUAUUGACACUCCUGUCGGCCAAAGUCCGAGAAAGGAUGGUUAUACCUUGUCUCGAGUCCGACCCAACCUGUUCUUCGACGGCGUGUUCAAGGUUUUGCAUGUAGUCAUGAAUGAGAGGGGAGGUUCUAAGCCCCCAUACGAGCUAUAUAUCUCAGACGGAACGGUGCAUCAACAUCCUACUCGGAAUUUUCACAAUUACUCUGUACCUGGGUUGCCCCCGACUGCCAUUUUCUGCUUGGCCAUACAAGAUCCUGACGAGGCGUCCGAAGAGACAUUCAAGAGAGGUAAUGUCAUCAAGAUGCGGAAUCUCCGAGUGAAGGACUAUAAAGGAGAGUUAGAGCUAGCUUGGGCAAACAAGGUCCACCAGGAGCAAGGGGAACAGGGGUGGAGGAACAAGACUUGCACCUUGAUCGAUCCUAAGGAUGAUCGAGUGAGGGUCAUCAAUACCCGAAUCAACGACUUGAAGAAUGGCAAGGUUCCGCUUCCAGAGGAAAUGCCACCACCGCCCGUAGUCGAAGCACAGGAGCCCGUUGUACAGAUCCAUUCGACCAUGGCGAACAAUAUUGGUACAACGAUGACGGAUGAGGUGACCAACCCUGUCAGCACCUUGGCCAAGGUCAAGACGAACACCCUUGUGCCCAAUCGCUUUCGAGUACAGGCCAGGGUUAGAUCGCUUCAUCCCAGAGGUCUGCAAAAGAAUGCGACGUACCUGCAAAAGCAUUGCAUCAAGUGCAACCGGGCGUGGGUCGACAGUUUUGCGGGACAUACUGACGCUAUUCGUAGCUACCCUGAUCUCUACUGUCAGUCAUGCAACGACACAAAGCUCAUCCAUACUCGGAUCCUCUACCGUUUCAUUGCCGUGCUGGAGCAAGAUAACGUCAUUUUACCGAUUGUCAUCGCGGAUGAUGCUGCAGAAGAUUUUCUGCCAUGCCCUCCGCCCGUCUUGGCUUCAGACAACCCAAACGAUCUUAGAAAGCUCAUGAACAGGCUGAGGCAGAUGAGUGAGGAGGUGGAUCACAUCCUGCUCGGUCCGAGGCAGGAAGGAGAGAGAGUGCGACCUAUAAUUGAUUGGUCGAUCGAAUCGGCUCUUACGAAAGUGCCGGGCAAGGAGGAAGCCAUGCUGGUCUACAGGCCCUUUGCAAUGGAGCAAAAACCAAAGUUGAGAUGACUUUUCAUGCUUUUCAUGUAUUGUUUAUACAUCUGAACUUUUUA